UCUCAAAAAUUUCAAGACUCAUGCUUGCCUUCUAUCUAAGCACUACUCCUUCUAGUUAGUUAGCUACUGGUAUCUCUCAUCUCCUCCGAUCCUUCCUUCUUGAGGCUCUCUGAUCUAUACAGUAGUACGUAGUCAACAGUAGUAUAAACUGUGUGUAGUACGUAGACUGUCUAGCUAAUCCAACAGCUAGCACAUCAGAGCUGAGCAGUCACCAUUCUUGUUUAUCGCCACGCCAUGCCGAGCGCGACUAGCAGACUACCCAAUCUUCCAGCUGGGUUCCGCUUCCACCCCACAGAUGAGGAGCUCAUCGUCCACUACCUCAUGAACCAAGCUUCCUCCCUCCCAUGCCCUGUCCCCAUCAUCGCCGAGGUCAACAUCUACCAGUGCAACCCAUGGGACCUUCCUGCCAAAGCUUUGUUUGGAGAGAACGAGUGGUACUUCUUCAGCCCCAGGGAUCGCAAGUACCCCAACGGCGCCCGCCCCAACCGUGCCGCCGGAUCCGGCUACUGGAAGGCCACCGGCACCGACAAGGCCAUCCUGUUGACUCCAACGAGCGAGAACAUCGGAGUCAAGAAAGCCCUUGUGUUCUAUGGUGGUAAGCCUCCCAAGGGGGUCAAGACAGACUGGAUCAUGCACGAGUACCGCCUCACAGGAGCUAACAAGACCACCAAGCGUAGAGGAUCUUCCAUGAGGCUGGACGACUGGGUCCUCUGCAGGAUCCACAAGAAGAGCAACAAUUUUCAGUUCUCUGACAAGGACCAGGAGGGCUCAACUGUGGAGGAGGAAGAAUCCCUCAACAACAACAUGAUGAAUGGCACAAUUGCAGCCUCGCCCAAGUCUGAAGCCAAUGAUGAUCAUGAUCAUCAGUUCCAUCCGACGACGAUGACGAUGACCAUGAGCAAGUCAUACUCAAUCACCGAUCUACUCAACACCAUCGACUACUCGGCGCUCUCACAGCUCCUCGAUGCCCCAGCUGAACCUGAACCACCGCUAAUCUACCCAAUAACAACACAAACACACGAAUCACUACUUAGCUAUAACAACGACAGCCACUACUUCAAUUUGCCACAAGUAGACGCAUGUUCAGAUCAUGUUGCGCCUAAUUGCAACGGUCUGAAGAGGAAGCGAGUGAUGACCAUGGAUGGUGCUGAAUCCUCUGCCUUGGAUGGUAGCAGCAGUAGUAACUUCAGUAGAAAACUGAAGCUGCCAAGUGAUUCAAUAAGAAGCAGCAGCCACAGCCAUUUUGGCAGCACGACGAGCAGCUACUGCAACCAGCAGCAGCUUGUGGACAGAAGUGGUUUUCAGUACAGCAGCCUGCUGAGCUAUCCAUUCCUCGAGAUGCAGUAGUAUUGCACCGAGAGCUUGGUGUGAAUCCAUACAGCUGAAACUUGUGCACUGGGUCAAACAAACCGAGCUGAGGCUGAGGGGUGGUUCUUGCUUGUGACCGGAACAUGAAUUCAAAAUUUCUGAAGCAUUUCAUUUUCAUUUUCAUUUUCAUUUUCAUGUAAAAUUAAUUAAAGGUUGUAAAUUAGGGAGGUGUACUACGUACUGAAAGUCACGUGUGGAUCAAUGAAAGAUGACCACGUUCGUUUCCUGUACUAU